AUGUUUACACUAAUGAAAUUGGCAUUUCAUGCAUGCGAUGAAAGAAGCAAACACUGGUAUAACACUAUCCCCAAAAAUGUUAUCAAAAUUGAUAUUAAAAAUUGUUGUGAUGAUCUUAUUCAAAUAAUCAAAGAGAAAACAAGUGUAAAUAAUACAAAUACAGUAUGUCAAACUGCCUCAACAUAUGGACAUUUAGACUGUUUGAUGCUUGCUCAUCAGAUGCAAUUUUCUUGGAACAGUAAAACAUGUUCUGCUGCAGCCAGAAAUGGGCAAUUGAAAUGUUUGAUGUAUGCACAUGAGAAUGGAUGCUCCUGGAAUAAAUUUACAUGUUCUUAUGCUGCACUUAAUGGACAUAUAAAUUGUUUAAGAUAUGCACAUGAAAACAAUUGUCCGUGGAACUCACAUACAAUAGACAGUGCUGUAAAAAAAGGAUAUUUAGAAUGUUUAAUAUAUGCUCACGAACAUGGAUGUCCAUGGGGUAUACUGUCAUGUACUAUGGCAGCUAUUAAUGGACAUUUGGAGUGUUUAAAAUAUUGUUUCGAAAACGGAUGUGAUUGGGACGAAACUACGUGCAUGAUGUCAGCGUAUUAUGGACAUUUUGAUUGUUUGCAAUAUGCGCAUGACAAUGGUUGUCCAUGGGGUACUAUGACCAGUACUUUUGCUGCAAAGUCUGGAAACUUAAAAUGUUUGAUAUAUGUUCAUGAGAAUGGGUGUGCUUGGGAUACGGGUACAACUUACAAAGCAGCAGAGGAAGGAAAUUUGAAUUGUCUGAAGUAUGCUCAUAAAAAUGGAUGCCCAUGGGAUGAGAAUGUAACCUUUAUUGCUGCAUUUAAAGGUAAUCUAAAAUGCUUAAAAUACGCCCAUAAAAAUGGAUGCCCAUGGAAUGAAUCCACAAGUUUAGCAUGUGUUAAAAAUGGAUCUUUUGAUUGUUUAUUAUAUGCUCAUAAAAACGGAUGUCCUCUCAAUGGUGUUACACGCAGACUUAUUAUCAAGGAUAAACGGCUAAAAAAAAAGACAAAAAAAUUGCUUUUAGGUCUGGAAAUAUGAAAUUACUCAUUAAGUAGUUUUUGUGUUAUUAUUGACUGUGGUCAAUAAUAUUAUGAGUAUUGGUUCUUUUAAAUUUGUUUCAUACAACAAAAUAGCUAAGACCAUUUAAUUCUAUUUAACAUUUGAUAGUAAAAUUGUUUUUGUUGUUAGUUAAAAGC